CGGAAUAAGGCGAGACAAGAGAGCCCCGAGUCGCUAAGUGUUAUGAGGCGACGAUGAGUAGCGCAGAAGACAGCGGGAGCAAGGGCUCGACGGGGCCCGUUUCCAGCUUCACCAUCCGCUCCAUUCUUGGCACGCCGCCGUCCGAGGAGCCCCCGACUCCGGCCACGCACCCGCCGCCGUCGCCGCGGAGGAGGACGCUGUCCGUGUCCUCCGAGGAGGAGUGCAGCGGCGGGGAGGACUCGGCGGAUUGCUUCUGCACCGAGCCGCCCCACGGACACGCGUGUGGACAAAACCGGCAGCAUAACGCCCUCUCCUGCUUAGGUCCCACCAAGGGGCUCCUGUCCGCCAACGAGGGACUGUCGAGGCGGCCGGCCCUCCUGCGCGACUACAACAAGGAGGAGGCGCAAGAGCGAGCCUUGCUGUCCCCCCUGUCGGAGGAGCGGCAGUCGGACGCGGCCGACAAGCACCCGCAGGGCUCCUCGGCCAAGAAAAAGACACGCACGGUGUUCUCCCGCAGCCAGGUCUACCAGCUGGAGUCCACCUUCGACAUGAAGCGCUACCUGAGCAGCUCGGAACGCGCCUGCCUGGCGUCCAGCUUGCAGCUGACCGAGACGCAGGUCAAGACGUGGUUUCAGAACCGCAGGAACAAAUGGAAGCGGCAGCUCUCUGCCGAGCUGGAGGCGGCCAACAUGGCGCACGCUUCGGCGCAGACUCUGGUGGGCAUGCCGCUGGUUUUCCGGGAGAACUCGUUGCUGCGCGUCCCGGUGCCGCGCUCCAUCGCCUUCCCCACGCCGCUCUACUACCCCGGGAGCAACCUGCCCGCUCUGCCUUUAUACAACCUGUACAAUAAGGUCGACUACUGAUUCCGAUAGCCCCGCGGGGGUGUCCAAACUUCUUUCUCCGAGGGCCACUCCGAUAUUAAUUUAUUAAACACGUUAAAGCCAAGCCAGCACCAAAUUGUUUAUACAGUAUAUUAAAAAAAAGUUACAUGACAGCUUUCUGUUUAAGGCCUGGCUAAUGGAUGCAAAUGCCCCCGGGCCGCAGUUUGGACACCUUCGCUAGCCUGUCUAUCGAUUGUAUGAGGCAUUCAUAUGCAGUAAAUUUCAUGAGAAAGUAACCAAGCUUCCUUACAUUUAUGAAAUACAC